CACCGGGAGCCCUGACUCUAUGGCCCCGGGGGAGCGCGCGGGAGCCACCGCGCCGCCCACCACGAGCCGAAACCCGAACGCCAGCCGGAGGAAGGGGGGAGUCCCGGGCGCCGCCGGCCGCGACCCAGGGGCCCGGCCGCGACCCCCGCCCCCGCUUCAGGCAAUGGCAGGCAGGUAGCUGGCUUGCGCGAGGACCCCCGAGGCGGGCUGGACCCGCGGAGGACCGCGGAACCCAGAGAGAGGGAGGAGAGGAGCAGCCCGCCCGCCCCCGGCCGCAGCCUCACCAGGGCCCUCCCCCGGCGGCGCGCACCCGCGCGCGCGCACACACUCGCUCAGUAUCUCGGUUCCUGCCCAGCCUCGCCUGCCCCCCACGAGCGCCGAACCCCCUGGGGCUGGAUGCAAUGGGUAACAACUUCUCCAGUAUCCCCUCUCUGCCCCGAGGAAACCCAAGCCGGUCGCCGCGGGGCCACCCCCAAAACCUCAAAGACUCUAUUGGGGGUCCCUUCCCUGUCACCUCUCACCGAUGCCACCACAAGCAGAAGCACUGCCCACCAGUGCUGCCAGGUGGGGUGCUCCUGGCCACGCCGCUGCUCUUCCAUCCACACACCAAGGGCUCCCAGAUCCUCAUGGACCUCAGCCACAAGGCCGUCAAGAGGCAGGCCAGCUUCUGCAAUGCCAUCACCUUCAGUAACCGCCCGGUCCUCAUCUACGAGCAAGUUAGGCUGAAGAUCACCAAGAAGCAGUGCUGUUGGAGUGGGGCGCUGCGCCUGGGCUUCACGAGCAAGGACCCCUCCCGCAUCCACCCUGACUCGCUGCCCAAGUACGCCUGCCCUGACCUGGUCUCCCAGAGCGGCUUCUGGGCCAAGGCGCUGCCCGAGGAAUUUGCCAGCGAGGGCAACAUCAUCGCCUUCUGGGUGGACAAGAAGGGCCGUGUGUUUUACCGCAUCAACGACUCGGCCGCCAUGCUCUUCCUCAACGGGGUCCGCACAGCCGACCCACUCUGGGCCCUGGUGGACGUCUACGGCCUCACGCGGGGCGUCCAGCUGCUUGACAGCGAGCUGGUGCUGCCAGACUGCCUGCGGCCGCGCUCCUUCACCGCCCUGCGGAGGCCGUCGCUGCGGCGCGAGGCGGACGACGCGCGCCUCUCCGUGAGCCUGUGCGACCUCAACGUGCCCGCGGGGGAAGGCGACGAGGUCACGCCGGCCGCCGGCUGCCCCAUCCCGCAGAACUCGCUCAACUCGCAGCACAGCCGCGCGCUCCCCGCGCAGCUCGACGGCGACCUGCGCUUCCACCCGCUGCGCGCCGGCGCGCACGUCCGGAUUCUGGACGAGCAGACGGUGGCGCGCCUGGAGCACGGGCGCGACGACCGCGCCCUCGUCUUCACCAGCCGGCCCGUGCGCGUGGCCGAGACCAUCUUCGUGAAGGUCACGCGCGCCAGCGGCGCGCGGCCCGGCGCGCUCUCCUUCGGGGUCACCACGUGCGACCCGGGCACGCUGAGGCCGGCCGACCUGCCCUUCAGCACCGAGGCCCUGGUGGACCGCAAGGAGUUCUGGGCCGUGUGCCGCGUGCCGGGGCCCCUGCACAGUGGCGACAUUCUGGGCCUGGUGGUCAACACCGACGGCGAGCUGCACCUGAGCCACAACGGCGCCGCUGCGGGCAUGCAGCUGUGCGUGGACGCCUCGCAGCCGCUCUGGAUGCUCUUCGGUCUGCAUGGAGCCAUCACGCAGAUCCGCCUCCUCGGCUCCACCAUCCUGGCAGAGCGGGGUGUCCCGUCUCUCCCCUGCUCUCCUGCCUCCACGCCAGCCUCGCCCAGUGCCCUGGGCAGCCGCCUCUCUGACCCCUCGCUCAGCACCUGCAGCUCUGGACCUCUGGGGAGCUCUGCUGGCGGGACAGCUCCCAACUCACCGGUGAGCCUGCCCGAGUCACCAGUGACCCCAGGCACGAGCCAGUGGAGUGACGAGUGCACCAUUUGCUAUGAGCACGCAGUGGACACGGUCAUCUACACAUGUGGCCAUAUGUGCCUCUGCUAUGCCUGCGGUCUGCGCCUCAAGAAGUCUCUGCACGCCUGCUGCCCCAUCUGCCGCCGCCCCAUCAAGGACAUCAUCAAGACCUACCGGAGCUCCUAGCCCCAUGCGGUGCCCUAGCCCUCAUGCCCACCUCCUUGGACUUCUGCCCAGCUCCAGCCGAGGGGCAAGCCAACGGGCCCCUUCUCUUCAUCCUCAUUUUGGAAAUUCUUUACCCUUCUCCAUUAAACAUGGGAAACUGCGGCCCCUGAAGGUUUGGGGAGAACAGGGGUAUCAUGCAGGGUGGUCCGGGGGCAGAAGCAAUCGCCUGGCAGGGGGAGGGAGAGGCUACACUCUGUCUGCCCUUCUCUGCGCCGAGCCCUUCCUUUCAUGCCGAGGGACCAGAUCGGGGUCUCAGCCUGUCCUCAUCCUUCCCCAUCUGGGACCGACUUCUAGGAGGUCCCUCCAGCCCAUGUGGCACCUUUGUGAGAACUGGAAAGCGUGCCCCUUCUUCUGGGCAGAUGUGGCCCUGCGCCAGGGCAUGCGGCUUGGCUGGUGGAGUGUGGACUGAACAUCAGCCUCCACUUGCUCCCUCAGCCGACUGCCCUUGAGCAGGGCACAGCCUGCUUGCCAGCAGCCCUGGGCAGGGAGCCCCUGAGCUGCUGCCUUACUCUGCCCUGUACCCACCUUCUUCCUCUCUCCCCUGCCCCUUGGGCCUGGCAGGCAGGGGAAAGACGACCAGUGGAUACCUCUCACCCAGACAGGCUGCAGCCUUCAUGCCAUGCCCCCCUCUCCCCCAGGAUGGGUGGACUUACAGGCUGCAGAAGGCGGCAGGUUCUGAGUCCCUGGCCCCUCGCCCUGGCAGAGAUGCGCAGGAUCCUCCUUGGUCAUAGCCUUUCUGCCCCCAUCAUCUCGCCCCUUGGUGUGGCUGGAGAGCAGGGUCUGCCUUCUGUCAGGGUCUCUAGGAACAGGUUUGUGUCUACUGUCUGUGACCUGUCCUACAUCUCAGUGCUGUCCUGGGCCUGGCUGAUGCUCCGAGAUGCUGUAACGUCCCUAGGCGAGGCCGAGGCCAAGGCCCUGGGUCGGGGGCAGGGAGGUUUCCUGGAAUAAGACCAGCCCUUUUCUUUAUUUUAAUUAAUUUAUUUAUUUGGUUUGUGGGUUUCUUU